UCAAAAUCACUACUACUACUUCCUCAAAACUUGCUCUGCCAUUCACCUAAAUUUAUUUGUUGCUUUGCAUUACUCACAAUUUUUCUCUUUGCCUCUACCUAAUCUGUUGCUUGCAAAGAUCUAACACUAAGGUUUAUAUUUCUUUUGGCAAAGAUGAUUCGAGGGGCUGCAUGUUUUCGAAAGUUGUUUCAAUCUUCUGCUCUAUCAUCAAAGUUUACAACAAGGUACUAUACGGCUCAGGCAGCAGUACAGCCUGCUAUUUACAGUGAUGAGGAGUCUGGAAGUAUUGACUGGGACAAUCUUGGAUUCAAGUUAAUGCAAACUGAUUAUAUGUAUGUGACAAAAACCUCUGAUGAUGGAAUUUUUAGACAAGGCCAACUUGAUCGUUAUGGCAAUAUUCAAUUGAGCCCAUCUGCUGGUGUACUGAACUAUGGACAGGGGUUAUUCGAAGGUACAAAAGCGUUUAGAAGAGAGGAUGGACGACUAUUUCUAUUUCGCCCUGAACAAAACGCGAUCAGAAUGCAAAUUGGUGCAGAGAGAAUGUGUAUGCCAGCUCCUUCGACUGAUCAAUUUGUCGACGCCCUUAAACAAACAGCCCUUUCUAACAAGCGCUGGAUUCCUCCUCCUGGAAAAGGAUCACUUUACAUUAGGCCUCUUUUAAUAGGCACUGGCCCCAUUUUGGGUUUGGCCCCAGCACCUGAGUACACAUUCCUUGUCUAUGCCUGCCCUGUGGGUAAUUAUUUCAAGGAAGGAACAGCACCAUUGAACUUGUACGUCGAAGAAGACGUUCAUCGUGCCUCACGUGGUGGAGCUGGCGGAGUCAAAAGCAUUACUAACUAUGCUCCGGUUUUAAAAGCGAUGAAGAAAGCAAAGGCGAACGGAUAUUCAGAUGUACUGUAUGUUGAUGCAGUAAAUAAGAAAUAUAUUGAAGAAGUUUCUUCUUGCAACAUUUUCGUUGUCAAAGGAAAUGUAGUUUCAACUCCAAUAGCCAAAGGAACUAUUCUUGAAGGAGUAACAAGAAAAAGCAUCAUGGACAUUGCACUUGAUCUUGGAUAUACGGUUGAAGAACGUUUAAUUGAAGCUGAUGAAUUAAUUAGUGCUGAUGAAGUAUUCUGUACGGGAACUGCAGUUGGUGUUGCUCCUGUUGGAAGUAUCACUUACAAAGGCCAAAGGAUUGAGUAUAAAAUAAGCUCAGAUCUAUCUUGCAAGAAAUUUUAUUCAAGAUUAGUAGGGAUUCAAAAAGGUGUUAUCAAAGAUGAAAGGAACUGGAUCGUGGAGAUUGAAUCAUCUUAUUUGGUUCAAGAUUAGUAGGGAUUCAAAAAGGUGUUAUCAAGGAUGAAAGGAACUGGAUCAUGGAGAUUGAAUCGUCUUAAAGUUAUUUUGCAAAUCUUUUUGCCAUUAUAUUAAUUCAUGUGCUAGCAGGCUGUAUAUUAUAUGAUAAUAUACAAUAUAUAAUUUUUUUUUAAUAAUGUUCAUUGAUGAUAUAUGAAAUUUUGUGAGCUCUUGUUAGAAUAAUAGUUCGUACUACGUCUCGAUAACAUGUAAAUUGUUGGUCAAUUAUAUAAAUCAUCAUUGCCCAUGUCAAAUUUAUUAUUUAAGUUUGUCUCAGUCCGAUAUUU